AUGGAUAUGGAAAUGGACGGGGCGAGCGACGGACAGGCAGGCAGACAGCCAUUGGGCAAGAGAAGAAGAGGAGCUGGAGAAGUUGUUCGAAAGGAUACCAAACGAAAACGAGCUGAAAGAGAGGAACGAACCAAAGCUCAACGCUGUCUGGGGAAAGACAGCAUACUUGUCGGUCCAGAGCCUUGCGGUUAUCAACAACUCAAGUUCUACGAAAUUGAAGGAACCAUACUAGAGCAAAGCGCGCAUUUUGGCAAUAGGCUACAUUGCUAUGACUCUUUGGAGGCGCGAUCCGGCAACGAAUGGGACUUGUACGACACGAGACUACGCGCUGGCAUGACGGGAAUUGUGGCUGAAAACGUGAGAAAUCUCUGGCCUCGGGUAUCCGCGCAGUAUCGGACCGAAGAGGAAAAGAGAACGCCUCAUAUCUCUGUUCAGAUCAUUACGACUGGUAAGCAGUUGAACGACGUCCUUACUUCACAAAAAAUGGAAGUCCCAGCCUUUAUUCCAGCGAAAAGUACACUGGGCGAGAGCUUCCAAAAGGACGAGAACAUACCGAAGUCAAUCGACGCCUGGCUAGCUCGACACAAAGAUACCGACAAAGUCGCGAUUCAGUCGUACGAUAUGAAAGCAGAUAAGGACAAUGACCUUCUGUUACCCACCCCUACGACGAUUGGUGAAUUGAAGGAGAGGCAGAAGAUGCGACUAACCGCCGAAGGAACUCCAUGGAACUGUUUGGAUGUAGGGAAUUAUACCGGCUCAGGCUGGACGCCGCCGGUCAUUGCGGGUUGUGACCUAUACAAGCGUUCGAUGAACCCAGCUGGGUCGCUGUCACGAACAACCCACGAUACACUGUCGACCGAAUUCGCGCUUUGUGCCACCAAAGGCGCAAUGUCCAAAUUCCACAGCGACAAUGGACUAAUGACCUUUAUCACCAAUGAUCACGGGGUGAAAAUAUUCUAUACGGGACAUUCUGUGGCUCACAUGCCACAGGAAGACCUAGAUCGCUUUAUCGAAUAUGGUGCAGAUGAGUCACAGGGUUAUUCCCGCUCAUUCGCCAAGUUGCGACUAGGGAAGGGCGAUUCAAUCAUUUUACCUCCGGGUUUCGUCCAUGCUGUCUAUACCGAAGAGGAUUCUUUUGUGCGGGGUUGUUUCUUUCUGACGCAGCCGAACGUACCUUGGGCAAUCCGGACCGUGAGGUUUUUGGAGGAUCAUCCGCAAUGUACCAAUGACGACCUUUCAGCCCAAGUCUUUGCGACCUUCGCAAUGCACUGCGAGCAUAACAUUGAGAGAGGCAGGUCUGGAGGUCAACUGGAUGCCCUCUUGAUGGAGCGAAUGAAGCUUCUGGCAUGGGCUUUGCAAGCGUUUGUUAGAGGGAAACCGCCGCAUCUUGAUAAAACGCCGGAGUAUAUGGAGGAACGACGUGUGUUUGUGGCAAGGGCUAAGAAGGAAGGUUGGGUCAAAGAAUUGAUGACAUUUGGCGAGAAUCAGGGAAAGAUGUCUCACCCAACUUAA